AUGGACGUGUUGCAUCAAUCGAAAACAUUUAUAUAUUUGUUGCUGUUGUAUGGUGUAUCCUUGGCACAGGCAUUGACAAUAAGGGAAGAGGCAGCCGAAACAACCACCCAUGCAGCAACCCCACCGCCACCACAAUCAUAUCCCAGUAUUCACCGAGUUAGAAAUGCCUUCGUCUAUGAAGAUGCGGAUGAUGUGAUACAUGUUAUAGAGCCUCCAAAACAUUUUGAACAAUUAAAAAUAUUAAUGCAGAGUCGACAAAAUGGACAGGCAAUUAUUGGCAGAGAAAUCAAACCAGCCAAACGAGAGCCACCUCCACCACCACCAAAAAACCCUCCAGGGAAAGCAAGACCAGGCAGACCUCAAAUUAAUGUUGGACCAAAGAAACCCCUGAAACAUUUACGAGGUACCAAAAAACCUUUGGAUAUGGAUUUGGAAAUAGAAGAAACCGAAAAUUUACCCAUCGAAAUAUUGGCUUCCGUAAGGAAAACUGAAAAUUAUUUGAAAAAAUAUAAACCCAAAAUUCCUUCGGCCCCUAGACAACGAGUCAAGACUAAAAAGAUACAAACUGUAAUUUGGGAAAAGUCGCAGGAACAACAGCAAUAUGUUCAGGGCCAAGAGCAAAAAGUCAAUGGAAUUCGAGAAUACUAUCAGCCACAGGAGAAGGCAAAUAAAAAUCGUCGCAAAUUCAUCAAGAAACGCAUUAAAAGGCAAACCGGAUCGACGGACUAUGAAACGCUGAAGGGUGAUGAGCUAUUGGAUCGCAUCAAUGAAUUGGUAAAAAAUGCUUCAAUUUAUUUGGAUAAUUUUAACGUUUAUGAAGAUAUUGAUGUAGGCACGGCAACAACCGAGGAAACGGGCUCGACAACUUUACUCCACAAGGAGACGCUAGGCCGCACUACAGGAAGACCCUUUCGAAAGCCAAUUACACAAUUACACGAAGAUGCGGUCAUCGAAAUAUUAGAGAAUUCAGUGAAGGCAACCAAUGUUAUUAUGGAACAAAUCAAAAAUUACACCAACUCAACAAAUUUACAACAGAAUUGCGACGAUUCAAGGUCAUCAGCUCAAAGUGCACACACUCACAUACAUAAUUUGAGGCAACAAAUCCAAUGCAUGCAAAGUAUAAUCGAAGCUGUAAAUACAACAACUUUCCGAAAGAGCCAACAAUACCCCUCCAGUACACAACGACCCCAAAGUUUGACCACAACAACAGCGGCUAAACGUUUUGGAGAACGUCUAACUGAACGCAAAACAAAAGACUUAAGACACAAACCUUUUUUGGUGGCCACCGUGGAAGAUGAAUAUUUCGCCGAUUCCUCGCCAUCACCGCUCAACACAUCUUUGAUUUAUGAUGAUGUCAUGACCACAAUACGAAAUCUUCUGCAAGCCACAAAUUUACAAACUCUUGAAGAAUCAACACUACCCUCAUCGCCACCCACCAGCUCAUCUGAUACGGAAAUAUCCCCAGAAAUUCUUGGCAAUUGGGAAGAGUUUGCCACCCUACCCCAGGACAAUUCAGAGCAACCCGUUGAUUUCCAUAACUUAAAUCAAUAUUUAAACUCUCUGCAAACCAUUGUGGCCAAUUUACCUCAAUCCACAAACUCGUCGCUAAAUCUGCAUGAAAUUGAAAACAAGCCAUCUAAAUAUUAUUUCAUUAACCCAGUGGGUGGUAUUUACAAUUUACCCCAGCCAUUUCAUCCGAAAGAUCGUCGACCACCCUCAGCUAUUUUUCGUCAAUUCCCCGACAUACCAAGCAUCAGGGAAUAUCUGGGCGCCAGUGGCUCGCUUCUGAAGGCCACACAAAAUGUCAUUGAGAUUUUAUAG